UGUCAUGUGUAUUCCCCAUUGCCCUUUUUGUUAAUAUAACGGCUGUAUGCUUUGUGAGGGCCGCCCUCCGCUUCCUCUCUUUUCUACAUCUCUUGACUCGGUCCGACUUGUUCGUGAUCUUGCACUUUUGCCUCUCUCUGCUUUCCUUCUUUUGGCGAUUGAACGAUCAUCAUCGCCGCCGUCACUCCUUAUUUGCGGCGUAAAGCGCGCCACUCCCGGCCGAAAGCUACCCACGCGACUAAGCCACACACCUCCGCGUCGUCACUCGACUGUCGAAAUAUAUUUCUGACAUCUGUCAACUUCAUUUCCGAAAUUCACCUCGUUCGCACUCGCUGCAACAGACAUCCAGUGUCAUCAUCUCACCAGCACAUAAAUCGCCAUGUCGCUUCCCAGUUGGAUUGAGUUGAGUGUGCCCUCACUCGAUCGACCUUUUGGUCUGCAUCUUUGGCCCAUCUUCGCAGAGGCAUGGACUGCCGUGGUAGGAUAUGAGCCUGAAAAGUUCGAGUUUACACCCGGCGUGACGCCAAUGGCCACCUUGACCGAGACCGGUAUUGCCCUCAUCACAUACUACAUCAUCAUCUUCGGCGGACGAGAGCUGCUUAGGGAUCGCGCCCCUUUCCAGUUGAGCUUUUUGUUCAAGGUUCACAAUUUCUACCUGACCGCCAUCAGCGGCACUCUCUUGGUAUUGUUCUUGGAGCAAUUGAUUCCGACCCUCGUCAGAAAUGGCGUUUUCUACACCAUUUGCGACUACAAUGGUGGAUGGACAAAGCCGCUCGUGGUUCUCUACUACCUGAACUACCUGACCAAAUACAUCGAAUUCAUCGACACCUGCUUCCUUUUCCUCAAGAAGAAGCCUCUGACCUUUUUGCACACCUACCACCACGGCGCCACUGCUCUGCUCUGCUACACCCAGCUAAUCGGCUCGACUGCGGUAUCGUGGGUUCCCAUCACGCUGAAUUUGACAGUCCACGUCGUCAUGUACUGGUACUACUUCCAAUCCGCGCGUGGCAUCAAGAUCUGGUGGAAGAAAUACAUUACAAUUCUUCAGAUCCUGCAGUUCGUCAUUGAUCUGGGCUUUGUUUAUUUCGCCUCGUACACAUACUUCGCCAAUGCUUACUUCCCGUGGCUUCCAUCUGUCGGUACCUGCGCCGGCAAGGAAUUCGCUGCGUUGGCUGGUAUUGGUAUUCUCAGCUCGUACCUGGUUCUCUUCAUCGGAUUCUACAUUUCGACAUACAAGAAGCCGGUCAAGAAGGGCCGCGGCCGUGCCACCAGCGCUCUCGUCGAAAUGAAGGAUGAGCAGGUUCCUGACGUCAAGGAAGUUCGUCGUCGUCUGAGCGGUGGUGCUGCUACCCUUCACCAGCCCAGUAUCGCUACAGGCAAAGAGACUGUCUCAACCAGCAACCGCACCACACGUUCAAGGAAGGCGUAGGACCCUCAAGACCUGCGUGCGUUUGACCGGGCAACUUCGCCAGAUCGCGGUGUGGGUUGGGACAUCGCAGCUUCGCAGCACACCAUGCACCAGACUGGACCAUUGACAUCAGGAUCAGUACCAGCUACUGAUCAUUUAACACGCACGGACCCACCGCGAGGGCUUCCAGGCAGCUGGCCGAAGCACAAUUGACGGAUGAACCUGCAUCUGCUGUUGGAAAGAGUCGGCCUUGCACGACAUGAAAGAGCAAGGGAGCUAUAUGAUAUGGUGGAUAGGCGUGACUCGGCUUUGAAAUAUGUAAUUUUACGAGCAAGACGUGUCAUGUUGGGGAGGCCUCAACACGACUGUCAAUUUGGCUUUUUCGCGUUUGAGGACACAGAGCAAGUCUCGCAGGUU